CGGGGAGCCGGGGCCGGUGCGGCGGCACAGCCCCCAGAGCUGCGCUGACAUGGACUGCGGAGUCAUCACCUCCAAGACCGUGCUGCUGCUGCUGAGCCUCGCCUUCUGGGCGGCAGCUGCAGGCCUCAGCUAUGUUGGGGCGUACGUCAUCAACACCUACAAGAGCUACGACAACUUUCUGCAGGACAAGUACGCCCUGCUGCCAGCUGUGAUCAUCAUUUGCGUGGCCGUGGUGAUGUUCAUCAUCGGGCUGAUCGGCUGCUGCGCCACCUUCCGCGAGUCUCGGGUCGGCCUGGGGCUGUUCUUGGCCAUUAUCCUGGUUAUCUUCAUUGCAGAAGUGUCCGCUUUUGUCUUGGGAUUUGUUUACAGGGAAAAGGUAAAAACUGAUGUGCAAGGUACAAUGCGCUCAGUCUUUGAGAAGUAUGAUGGCAAAAACUCAGAGUCUGCAGUUGUGGAUUACUUGCAAGAGCAGCUUCACUGCUGUGGGGUUAAGAACUACAGUGACUGGACGACCACCCAGUGGUUUAAUUCCACUGGGAACAACAGUGUCCCCCAGAGCUGCUGCCAGCAAGAGGCCAAGAACUGCACCGGGCACCUGGAUCAGCCGCAGGAACUCAACACACGGGGCUGUGCACAGGAGCUGGAGUCUGGGCUGCAGAGCGUUAUCAGCUAUGCCAUGCUUGUAAUCCUGGGGUUUGCCAUCGUAAAGUUCUUCGGCAUGCUGAGCAUCUGUGUGCUUACUUGCAAGAAAGAAGAAAGUGGAUAUCAGCCUCUUUACUCAGGGGUGUUUGCUUAAUAAACUGAAAAGAACAAUCUUGCUUCCUGAUGAUGAAACUGACUUGUGAUCAUACCACAGCUUUCUGAAACAUUAUGCUAAGUUUGGGCCUGCGACUACAGGUAGCACCGGGUGGUGCAGUAGGCUCCAGAAAGAAACUUUCUUCUGAUAUUCUUUCCUCUGCCCUGAAAACAUGCAGCAGAAACUUUAUCUUUUAAUCAGUAAACUGGUGGAGACCACAGGAGGGGUUUCAGUUGCCUGCACAAACCUCAGAUCAUUCCCAUGACCUGGUUUAAACAACAAAAGAAACUUCUGAAUGCCGGGUUUAAAUACUCCUCAUAGGCAUGGGGAUCUGUAGUACGUUUUUUUCUGUAUCUGAUUGUGCAGUUUCAGGGUUUUUCCCCCUUUCUUAUGUCACAUGUUGUAAUUUUGUUUACUGCAGAGGUUGUUAGUGCAAGACAACCCCCACGCUUAAAGUCUAGAACAAGCAUUUGUGUGGUUGUUUGGAGCAGCUAGGAAACAUGAAAAACCCCAGGUUUUGAGCUUUUGGGCUCAGAACUCUCUUUGGUUUGUUUUUAAUCUCUUAAUUAUUGACAUUAAAAACUCCUUAUGAAGCAGAGAGCUUUUGAACAUUUUCUUCCUCCUUUUUCUGUGGUUUGCCUGGGGGAAUUAGUGCCACAUUUCCACCCUGACUGUUCUUCUCUGCUAAAAUAUUAAGAUGUAUUCUUGUACAAAGCUAUUUCAAUAAUCUGCUGUAGUGCUGCUUUUGCACAUUUUCUGUUCUCCUUAAUUCUGCUGGACACAGACUGGAUUGCAUUCCUGCUUUAACACAGUCCUUCAACUCGUUUGUAUGUUAUUCUGUUUAUAAGCUCUUCAGGAUUUUGGGGAUAGAGAAGAGAGGGAACUGUGAGCUUUUAUGUAUCAGGGAAUUGUGGCAAAGCAACAGAGAUUCUGCUGAUUCCUUCCUUGGGAGAGAUAAGCAGCCUGUCCUUAACAAAAUAAACCUUUAUAUUUGUAGCUAAUAAGAAAAAAAAAAAAAAAGUAGCUUGGGAUCAGUGUAAACUGUUUAAUUAUCUCCAUCCCUACCCCACGAGAAAAAAGAAGGCGAUGGGUGAUGCUGGUGUGUGAUGGGAGACACACCAGCGUAAGCAUGUGUAUGUUGAAAAAUGAGUUUUUACCGAGGGCUUUGUCUUCUGUUAAAUGCUGAAAUAAACUGAACUUACACAACCAAGUAAUAAA